AUGCCAAAAACAGAAGAUGACCUCAGGUCCGAACAGCUGGUCAAUCUCGCCAUUGAGUUCCAAACUCAGAGAAUCAACAGCGGCGUGCCAAAUGUUGAAGAUAAUCCAUUCUUCGUCGCAGACCUAGGGCAGGUUACGCGUCAACACAGAGACUGGAAGCUGAACCUUCCCAAUGUCCAACCAUUCUAUGCGGUAAAAUGCAACUCAGAUGCUCUGUUACUUCGCUCCCUCGCAGAACUGGGCACCGGCUUUGACUGUGCCUCGAUAGAAGAAAUGCGUGCCGUACUGGCUCUGGGCGUCGAUCCAUCCCGGAUCAUAUUCGCCAAUCCGUGUAAACCAGCCACUGCGCUCAACUAUGCCAGGGAGGUUGGUGUUGUGACUACCGUCUUUGAUAAUUUAGACGAGCUUGAGACAAUGCAUACCUAUAUGCCCCAUGCACAACUCCUGCUACGUAUUUAUGCCAAUGAUGCCAGUGCCUUGAUUAAUUUUGGAGACAAGUUCGGAGCGCCGGCAGGUAUGACUCGGGAUUUGCUGAAGCGGGCAAAGGAACUCGGUCUUGAUGUUGUUGGGGUUAGUUUUCAUGUUGGCACCGGUGCCAACGAUCUAAACUCCUUCCGAAAGGCCAUCAGAGAAGCGAGACAGGUCUUUGACCAGGCCGAAGCCCUCGGCUUCAAAAUGAGGAUAGUUGAUGUCGGGGGCGGAUUCCAAGACAAAAACUUCGGAGAAAUAGCGCGCACAAUCCGUGACUCGUUAGCUGACAACUUCCCCAGCACCACCAGAUUUAUCGCAGAGCCUGGUCGGUUUUACACUCGAUCUGCGUAUACCCUAGUCUGCAGGGUGAUAUCCCGGCGGCGACAGGUUAGAGAGGUAUACAAGGAUCAGCCAGACAUGUUAUACCAAAACGAUGGACUGUACGGGAAUUUCAUGAAUUGUCUGAUGGAGAAAGAGAUUUUCCAUCCCAUUCUUAUACCGGAUGACAGUGUGUUGGGGGAUAGGGAGGUCGGGCCUCAUAGGUAUACGAUCUGGGGGCCGACUUGUGAUGGAUGCGACUAUGUUGUUCGAGAUACUACUCUUCGGUGUGAGGCGAAGGUCAGGGAUUGGUUGGUGUAUAAGAACAUGGGAGCGUACACUAAUGCAACAGCUACUCGUUUUAAUGGUUUCUCGAGUAAUCUCUUGACUUUAUACGUGGACAGUGAGCUGUGUGGCAAGUUUGAACCCCAGAUAUACGGCUGA